AUGGAAUAUUCCCUUUACCAAUCCAUGAUUCAUCUCCUCAUCUAUAACAGAGUAUGUUACUGCAAGGCGUCACUGACCCGGCUGCGUGCGAGCCGGCAGCCUCUCAAUAAGCCACAUUGUUGCACGAAACUCCAGCGCACGAGUCCCGGCCGCCGCUCGUACUGCGCCGUGUCACGAGCUAAGAGAAUUCUCUGGCAGAGCAUCGCGCCGUGUGCCGGAGAGGUCCGACCGCCCCAGUGGAGCCGGGCUGUGGAUUCCUCCCAAGUCAGCCUUAGUGAUCCUGUGGUUGAAGUUAGCGCCUUGCCGUGGGACGACCGGACGCGUCGCCUGGAGAGCCGGAGCGCCCGCGCCCUUAGCCUUCCUCGUGUGCCGCCCGGACUCCCAGUUCCCGGCCGGCCGCGCAGCCCAGGCACAGGGAGAUCAGACCCCGCCGCCCGCCUCCCGCGCACGCGCCCCCGCCUCGGUUUCCCAACUCGGCCCGUGGACCGCGGCAGGAUCAGUGCCUCGCGUCUGCUCGCCUGCUUUUUCUCCGAGCUUAACCGUGACCAAGUGCAGAAGGUCGACCAGCACCUUCACCACACGCGUCUGUCUGACGAGACCCUUCUGGAGAGCUCUAAGCGGUUCCGCAAGGAGAUGCAGAAAGGACUUGGAGCCACCACUCCCACUGCGUCCGUGGAAACGCUGCCCACCUUUGUGAGGUCUACUCCAGAUGGGACCGAACAUGGAGAGUUGCCGGCUCUGGACCUGGGAGGGACCAACCUCCGUGUGCUUCGGGUGAGAGUAACGGACAAUGGGCUGCAGAAGGUGCAGAUGGAGACCCAGAUCUACGCCGUCCCCGAGGGCAUCGCGCGUGGCAGCGGCAACGAGCUGUUUGGCCACACUGCCGAGUGCCUGGCUAACUUCAUGGAUAAGCUGCAAAGCGAGGAGAAGAAGCUCCCGCUGGGUUUCACCUUCUCGUCCCCCUGCCACCAGACUAACCUGGACGAGAGCUACCUGGUCGCAUGGACCAAGGGCUUCACGUGCACUGGAGCGGAAGGCGGAGACGUGGUGGAUCUGAUCCGGAAGGCCAUCCAGCGGAGAGGGGACUUGGAUAUUGACAUCGUGGCCGUGGUGAACGAUGCAGUUGGAACCACGAUGACCUGUGGUUAUGAUGGUCACGACUGUGACAUCGGUCUCAUCACGGGCACGGGCAGCAACGCCUGCUACAUGGAGGAGACGCGCCACAUUGACAUGGUGGAGGGCGACGAGGGGCGGGUGUGUGUCAACGUGCAGUGGGGGGUUGGGGACCACGGCACACUCAGUGACACUCGCACGGACUUUGACCGCGAGAUCGACAUGGGCUCGCUAGACCCUGGGAAGCACUUUGAGAAGAUGGUCAGUGGGACGUACAUGGGGGAGCUGGGGAGGCUCAUGCUGGGGAAGAUGGCCAAGGAGGAGCUGCUUUUCGGGGCCGAGCUCAGCCCAGAGCUGCUCGUCAAAGGCCGCUUUGAGACCGAAGCCGUGUCGGACAGUGGGGAGAAGGGCGGCAUCCGGAAGGCCCGCGAAAUCCUGGUGCGGCUGGGCCUGGCCCCGACACGGGAGGACGGCGCGGCCACUCCCCGGGUCUCCGUCGUGUCCACACGCUCCGCCAGCCUGUGCGCGGCCACCCUGGCUGCUGAGCUGCGGCGCCUCCAGCAGAGCAAGGGCGUGGAGCGGCGACGCGCCACCGUCGGCGUCCACGGCUCCGCCUACAGGAAACAGCCGCACUUCGCCAAGCGUCUUCACAAGACCGCGAGGCGACUGGGGCCCGACUGCGACGUCCGUUCUCUCCGCUCUGAGGAUGGCAGUGGCCAAGGGGCAGCCAUGGUGACAGCGGUGGCCUGUCGGCUGGCCUGCCAACGCCGAGCCCGGCAGAACGCCCUGGAGCCUCUGAAGCGGAGCCAUGACCAGCUGCUGGAAGUCGAGGGGACGAUGAAGGUAGAAACGGAGCGAGGUCUGAGCAAGGACACCCACGCGACUGCCCCUGUCAAGAUGCUGCCCACCUGCGUGUGCGCCACUCCCGACGGCACAGAGAACGGGGACUUCCGGGCCUCGGACCUGGGAGGAACAGAUUUCCGGGUCCUGCCGGUGCGCGCGCGGAAUGGGACGUGGCGCGGCGCGGAGAUGCACAACCGGAUCUGCUCCGUCCCGCAGGACGUCAUGCACGGCCCUGGGGACGAGCUCCUGGACCACAUCGUGCAGUGCGUCGCCGACUUCCUUGAGUGCCGGGGCAUGAAGGGCGUGUCCCUGCCUCUGGGUUUCACCUUCUCCUUGCCCUGCCAGCAGGACAGCCUGGACGAGAGCAUCCUCCUCAAGUGGACACAAGGCUUCAAGGUGUCUGGCUGCGAGGGCGAGGACGUGGUCACCCUGCUGAAGGACGCGAUCCACCGGCGAGAGGAGUUUGACCUGGACGUGGUUGCUGCGGUCAACGCCACAGUCGGAACCACGAUGACCUGUGGCUAUGAAGACCCUCACUGUGAAGUCGGCCUCACUGUCGGCACAGGCAGCAACGCCUGCUACACGGAGGAGAUGCGCGACGCGGAGCUGGGGCAAGGGGAAGAGGGCCGGAUGUGCGUCAACACGGAGUGGGGGGCCUUCGGGGACAGUGGAUGCCUGGAUGACUUCCGCACGGAAUUCGACGUGGCUGUGGAUGAGCUUUCCCUCAACCCUGGCAAGCAGAGGUACGAGCAAAUGAUCAGUGGCGUGUACCUGGGUGAGACUGUCCGUAACAUCCUCAUCGAUUUCACCAAGCGUGGGCUGCUCUUCCGCGGCCGCAUCUCAGAGCGGCUCAAGACAAGGGGAAUCUUUGAAACCAAGUUCUUGUCUCAGAUUGAGAGUGACUGCGUGGCGCUGCUGCAGGUCCGAGCCAUCCUGCACCACCUGGGGCUCGACAGCACCUGUGGCGACAGCAUCAUUGUCAAGGAGGUGUGCACCGUGGUAGCGCGACGGGCAGCCCAGCUCUGUGGUGCAGGCAUGGCUGCCGCGGUGGACAAGAUACUAGAAAACCGCGGGCUGGACACUCACAAAGUGACAGUCGGUGUGGAUGGGACCCUUUAUAAGCUACAUCCUCACUUUGCCAAAAUCAUGCAUGAGACAGUAAAGGACCUGGCUCCAAAAUGUGAUGUGUCCUUCCUGGAGUCAGAGGAUGGCAGCGGGAAAGGGGCAGCUCUCAUCACUGCUGUGGCCUGCCGCAUCCGUGAGGCUGGACAGCGAUAG